ACUAGGAAAGUUUCACAAAGUAAAUAUGUUUAGGCCUCAUGUUUUAAGAACGAUUUCUAGGAUUGGGAAACAAUCACGGAUGUAUUCAUCUGGGAUAAACCCAUCAGCAUCAAGGACUAAAAUUGCUACUCAAGCAUUAAUUUUCAGUGCUGGUGCAAUUUUUGGGGCAACAUUAUUACAAUAUGAAUCUAACCCUAAAAAAAGUUUUGAAACUCCUAAUAAUAAUGAAGAUAUUUCAUCCACAUUAUCAUUAGAAAAAUUGCCUUCUCCAACAUAUGCAAAUGAUGAAGAAAUUGAAUUGGCAAUUAAGGAAAUCAGAAAUAUUAUAGAGCCAGUCAAAGUUGAAAGUGCUCAAGAAUUGAUUACAAAUUCAAAAGAACAACUUGAUUCUCAUUCUGAUACUUAUUUUAAUUCUCAUCAUCCAUCUCCUGAAGAAAGACCAAAAUAUGUUGUUUAUCCACAACUGACUGAACAUGUUUCUAAAAUUUUAGCUAUUUGUCAUAAAUAUCGAGUUCCAAUUGUUCCAAUUUCUGGGGCAUCUUCAUUAGAAGGUCACUUCAUUCCAACUAGAGGUGGAAUUUCUUUAGAUUUAACUAGUAUGGAUCAAAUCAUUCAAUUGAAUAAAGAUGAUCUUGAUAUGACGGUGCAAACUGGAGUUGGUUGGGAAGGAUUGGCUGAUUAUUUAGAGCCAUAUAACCUUAUGUUUGGACCAGACCCAGGUCCUGGUGCAACCAUUGGAGGUAUGUGUGCAACUAAUUGUUCAGGUACUAAUGCUUCAAGAUAUGGUGAAUGUUACAAAAAUAUUCUUAGUUUAACGGUUGUUUUAGCUGAUGGGACCAUUGUUAAGACUCGUCAAAGACCCAAGAAAUCACUGGCUGGCUAUAACUUAACCUCAUUGUUUAUUGGAAGUGAAGGAACUUUAGGUGUUAUUACUGAGGCUACUCUCAAGUUAUAUGUUAAACCAAUACAUGAAAGUGUAGCAGUGGUUCCAUUUUCAAGUAUUGAAAAUGCUGCUAGUGCUGUGAACUCUAUUUUGCAUACAGGGAUUCAAUUGAAUGCCGUUGAGCUUUUGGAUGAUAAAAUGAUGAAAUGUAUCAAUGAUAGUGGAGAAACUUCAAGAAAAUGGACAGAAAGUCCAACUCUUUUCCUUAAGAUAGGUGGUUCAAAUCAACUUGUAGUUGAUAGUUUAGUUCAACAAUUGAAGUCAAUCGUUAAAUCUUUUGAUAAUGAAGAUUUUAUCUUUGCUUCUAGUGAAGAUGAAAAGACUGAAUUAUGGUCUGCAAGAAAAGUUGCCCUUUGGUCAACCAUCAACCAAGGUAAACAACAAAAUGAAAAUAUUCAACUUUGGACUACCGAUGCAGCGGUUCCAAUAUCAAAACUUCCUCAAUUUUUACAUGAAACCAAGGCUGAUAUUGAUCUGCACAAUCUUCAAAAUACUUUGGUAGCACAUAUUGGAGACGGGAAUGCACACAGUUUUAUCUUGUAUGAACCAUCCCAACGUGAUAUUGCUGAGAAAGUGGUUAAUAAUAUGGUUAGAAGGGCCAUUAAGUUCGAAGGUACGUGUACUGGUGAACAUGGUGUUGGGUUUGGUAAGAGAGACUUCUUACUUGAAGAAAUUGGAGUCAUUCCAGUUGAUUUAAUGAGAAGAAUCAAAUUAAGUCUUGAUCCAUUGAGAAUCUUAAAUCCUGAUAAGAUUUUCAAAAUUGAUCCUAAUGAGCCACCUGAAAAGCAUGAUCAUGGAGAUAUCGAGCAUGGUGAAGUUAAAACCAAAAUGUAAG